AAUUAUUAGACGUACCUGUGGAACUUUACUGGUGUGCAGUAGUGCAGUACUGUCUUGCUUCAUAUUCUCCUUGUUUUCUGGGUUCAAGCUGCUAUUUUGCUUGUUUAAUAUGUUGGUGGCAAUUAUAAAUUUAUACCCAAUUGGUGAAAAAGUCGUUGUCCAAAUGUCUAUGCAUUCCCAUAAUGAUAUAGAUAAUACAAAUAUCUAGAAGCUGGAGAUUGGCUUAUUAUUGGCAAAUAAUUAUCUGAUGAGAAUAUAUGAGUGUGAAGUGGUGCAAAAGCUUCCAAGACUUUCUGAUAGGAGGACAGAGACAAUUCCAUAGAAAAUACAAAAGAAGAGACGAAUGGAGUGCGAAAUACCACUUGGUAUUCACGAGGGGAGAGAGAAGAAGAGGAGGAAUCAUGUGAAGAUACAUGACCAUCCUACCUAGAAGGGAAACCCAACUCCCCCGUUACCAUAUACAACACACAACUCUUUCUUUCUGUGUCGCUCGCUGCCAUUUUCUUCCAGUUUGCAUUGCUCUUUGUGCUCAUGGAAGUUGACACUACUGUUGCGGAAAACCAUACUGAUCAUAAACACCACCUUUCACAUUCCUAUAGCCACCACCACCAUGGAAGUUUUCCUUCCAAUUUGGCUAUCAUUAUCAUCAUUUCCAUCGUCUUUGUCAUGGUCGUUCUUGCUAUAACCCUCAUCAUAUUAUUUCUCAGACGGCUCAAGUCAGCCAAAACUAGUGGUGGCGACAUUGAUGAUGAGAAGGGCAGCUUGAACAAUACAAGCUGCAGGUUCAUUGCUCAAAACUCCAUGAACUUCAACUCCAGCCCAGAUGUGAAGGGCGGGUGCCUUCAAGGAGGGAACUUGGGAAGGUCAGUGAGGACAUCAGUGGCAAUCACAACACCAACUAGAUACAGAGGAGUCCAAGUGUUGUCAUACAAGGAACUCGAGGAGGCCACUGAUAAGUUUAGCGAGGCGAAUGUGAUAGGCCAUGGAGGGUUUGGAGUGGUGUAUAGGGGAGUCCUCCGUGAUGGAACCAUGGCGGCCAUUAAGAUGCUGCACAGGGAGGGAAGGCAAGGGGAGCGUGCUUUCAGGCUUGAGGUUGAUCUACUAAGCCGAUUGCAGUCUCCGUACUUGGUGGAGCUACUUGGUUAUUGUGCUGACCAGCAUCAUAGGCUCCUUGUAUUCGAAUGCAUGGCCAAUGGUACUCUUCAACACCAUCUUCAUUCUAGAAACCAUCAGCAGCCGUUGGAUUGGGGUACCCGAUUGAGGAUAGCCCUCGACUGUGCCAAGGCCCUUGAGUUCCUCCAUGAGCAAAACAUCCCAUCUGUUAUACACCGUGACUUCAAGUGCAGCAAUAUUCUUCUAGAUCAAAACUUCCGUGCCAAGGUGUCUGAUUUCGGAUUGGCCAAGAUGGCUUCCGACAAGAUUAACGGUCAGGUUUCGACACGAGUGCUUGGGACCACAGGAUAUCUAGCUCCAGAGUAUGCCUCAACUGGAAAGCUUACUACAAAAUCAGAUGUUUAUAGCUACGGCGUGGUUCUUUUAGAGCUGUUAACAGGGCGAGUGCCAGUAGAUACCAAGCGGCCUUCUGGAGAGCACGUCCUUGUCUCAUGGGCUCUUCCAAGGCUAACUAACAGAGAAAAAGUAGUGCAAAUGGUUGAUCCAGCUCUUAAAGGGCAAUACUCGAAGAGGGAUCUCAUUCAGAUAGCAGCUAUUGCAGCAAUGUGUGUGCAGCCAGAAGCUGAAUAUCGGCCUCUAAUGACUGAUGUCGUACCCUCUCUAAUUCCACUGGUUAAAAACUCUUAUGUUGGUUCCUCUGGCUCCUCUAGAUUUCAAAUUCAAGUAGUAAGUCCAAGGUAUUAGGCUUAGGGGUCUGUGAAACUGCGACUCGAAGUAAACUAUUGGGGCAUGAGAUCACCAUUUGCGUUUUCACAGAUUUUCACAUAUCAAUAUUCUCACGGGAACUCACAGACCCCAAGUGAAACAUUCAAGCGGAAACGAUCGUCCAUUUAAUAAAUUGAGCUUCAAUACAGUUGAACUCAUAUAGACAAGGCUUUUCAUGUGGUUCACUCCAAGAUCAUAGUGCUGAACCACACUAACUGCUGCCAAUGCACAAGAACAACAUGCACGCUUGAAAGCGAGCAUGGAUGAUGUGAUCUUAGAAGGCAGUUUGGGGACUUAGGCUUCUAAUUAGCUGGUGAUUUCUCUCCUGUACAUUUUCAACCACCAUUUUUCUAUUGUAUGUUAUUUAUCAAUGAAGGUGCUAUGAGCUAGCCUUUAACUAUUGUUCUUGAUAGUAACGGAAAUUCAUUGAUCAUGACUA